AUGGCGAAUUCAUCCUUCACAACUUAUGACUUAGGAAUAAUGGACUUUCAGAGCAGAAGUACAGCCACCAUCGCYAUUGAAACAAGCGUGCUUGUGUUCUUCUCAUCGGUAGCCAUCACGGGAAACAUUCUAGUCGUCUCGUCAUUCUAUCGCAGCCCWGCCAUUCGUACCAUCACAAAUUACUUUGUAUUCUCACUAUCUGUCGUAGACAUCAUCAUUCCUUGUACAGUUCUACCACCAACWCURAUUUGGUCCGYYAAAAGUCGCUUUGCGUUUGGCAAAMGUUUAUGCAGUUUCCAAGCAGUCUGGAGCACGAGUCUUUUACUGGUAUCACUUGUCAACAUAACAGCGAUGGCUGUCAAUCGAUUUGUUUGYGUUUGUAAGCCUCAAAARUACAAGAAAAUCUUUAACCAUUGGUCUACCAUUGGAAUUAUAAUCGGUUUUUGGAUGAUAGGUUUUACAGCUGUGAUAUGUACAGGGUUUGUGGGACAUAUGAUACACGCUCGAUUCAGCCCCUUCAAGAUCGUGUGCCUUUAUGUYUACACAAAUGAUGACUCCAUAAAYGCUUUUGUUAAAUAUCURCCRCAUAUGCUGGGACUAGGAGUGCCUUUUGGUAUCAUGCUAUUCUGUUAUUACAACGUUUUUAAAACCAUUCGACGUCACAAAAAGAGYAUWGAGCCAUCAUCWAAUAGUCAUGGACUAGGAACUAGCGUCCAGGAAAUAAAAAUCACACGGACGCUUUUUGCCGUUCUCUUGGCGUACUGUUUGACCUGGAUUCCAUUUUUUUCUGUUUUAUUGGCUGCUAAUCUAUUUAAYCGUAUUCCUCGUGAGGUUCAAAUGAUAGUMACAUACGCAGCYUUCGGUAGUGGCGCCAUAAACCCUUUGAUUUACGGAGUCUACAACAAAGCGUUUCGAAAAGAAUACAAGAAYAUUUUGAAUAAUUUCAGACUUAACCUGAAUUUCUAA